AUUUUUCCUGCCUGAGGCCAAUUACGGGAAGUUCGCAUAACCACGUUUAGCUUGGAAACAUUGCCGAAGUCUUUCGAUACCUAGUUAUUGUCCCCAAAAAAAGACCUCAACCUUUUUUUUAAGACUCUAUCUCCCCGACCCAAUUGAACCUCCCUUCCCGCCAACCACCAAACCCCCGCCAUGGCGCCUCUGACCAUUGCGUCCCGCGCGCUCGCGCGAGGAGUAGCGAGAUCCUGCAGCACCACUACCCGACUAAAUGCCGCCCGCGCCCUCAGCACUACCGCCCGGCUUAACGACACCGCGGCCGACCCCGACAUCUACAUCAGCCCGUUCAAGGGAGAGUCCAAGUACACCAAGGUCCCCGACUUCAGCCCCUACAUGGCCAAGGCCAACCCCAACACCAACCUGCUCUUCCAGUACUUCAUGGUCGGAACCAUGGGCGCUAUCACGGCCGCCGGUGCCAAGUCCACCGUGCAAGAAUUCUUAAAGAACAUGUCCGCCUCCGCCGACGUCUUGGCCAUGGCCAAGGUCGAGGUCGACCUCAACACCAUCCCCGAGGGCAAGAACGUCAUCAUCAAGUGGAGAGGAAAGCCCGUGUUCAUCCGACAUCGCACCGAGGACGAGAUCAAGGAGGCCAAUUCGGUCGACCUCCGCGUGCUGCGGGAUCCCCAGCCCGACGAGGAGCGCGUCAAGAAGCCUGAGUGGCUGGUCAUGCUGGGUGUCUGCACGCAUCUGGGUUGUGUGCCUAUCGGCGAGGCGGGAGAAUACGGCGGAUGGUUCUGCCCGUGCCACGGAUCGCACUACGACAUCUCGGGACGUAUAAGGAAAGGACCGGCCCCGCUAAACCUCGAGAUCCCCUUGUACGAGUUCCCCGAGGAGGACAAGUUGGUUAUCGGUUAAAAUCAGAAAAAAAUAUAACUACAUACAAAGUAAAGCAAAGAAGAUGAAGAAGCGGAGCUACCACCACCCCCUGCUGCUUGUACAAUUAUCACCAUCAACCACCUACUAGACUGGCGGCGGGUCGUGCCUCAUUUGAUAGACGUUAAUGGCAAGAUCGUAUUUUAUGAGGUUUCAAUCGUGGCAAUUCUUUAGAAAAGAAGAAGAAAAGAGUUUCAACUUUGGCAUAACUAGCCGAUCUGUAUAAACAAAAACCACAUACAUUCACACACACACACAUACAAGCAAUUCGAGACUUUGUCGAGAUUUGAAAAGAAAAGCAUCGCCAUUCCGAGGACUGUUUGUCGUAUAUGGUAUACGUA